AUGGCACCUGCAAUGCGUGUGUCCCUGGUGAGGACCUGCCUGAUGGUGAUCGUCCUUCAAGCGUUGGCUUCCGCUGACGUGAACACCACCGAACCUUCCCAGACGAAUUCCACGAAGACCUUGCAUCCAACCCCGACGCCUUUAGAUACAACGACACAGGGACCGACACAGACGCCGGCGAGCAGUCCUACCCAGCCCCCGAAAAAGACAGAAGACGUUCCUCCCGGGCAGUCAAAGAACAGCACUCAUCAGUCAGAGGAACCAACUCAGCAGCAACAGCCCACGUCCUCUAUAUCGGCAGAACCCGCCGCUCAGAAGCCAAAGCCUUCGUCAGCGCCGUCGGGUCACAAAGCCUCGCUUGAUGAAUCAACACCUCUGCUGCCUCAGCCUCAACCUCUGCGUGUACCACAAGGUCGCGCUCUGCCCCGGCGAGAGGACCCAGCUCCUCGGAAGCGUUCGUUACUUCCCAACAGACGGGGUCAAGGCCGACCUCAGCAAUACUCAGGAUCAGGGUCUUCUCCCCAGGCUUCUAAUGGGCCUCGUGGACACGCAGGAGGCGGCCAGAAUGCGCAAGGUGGAAAGGAGCCCGCGACUCCGUACUCCUUCUCGUACUCCGUGCUGGACCCCGAGCGCGGAUCCGACUUCGGCCACGAGGAGGCGAGCGACGGGAGCGUGGUGACCGGCCAGUACUACGUCCUGCUGCCCGACGGGCGCCGACAGACCGUUAACUACGAAGCGGACCACACUAAGGGAUACAUGUCUGAGGUCGAGUACAACAAUGAGAAGACUGGAGGUAGGCCUACAGGGGGUUCGAGCGGUUCGAGCAGUUCAAGCGGUUCGUACCAAGCACCAGUUAACGGGGGAAAUCGGUUCAGGUUACCGACCGGAAGUAGCAACCAAAUACAAACGAGACCGAGUAAUAUCAACCAAUACCAGCCACCGGUGGGAAGUACCAGCAACAAGUACCAACCUCCUUCAAGUAAUAAUAAUAUCAAGUUCCAGACACCUUCGGGAGUCAACAGCCCAACCCAAAUUACAGCGGGUGGUAACAAUCGGUAUCAGGCACCCAAAAGAGGAAGCAACCAAAACCAACCUCCUAAAAACAUUGGCAACCAGUACCAGCCUCCACAAAAUACCGGAAGUCAGUCUGAGCCUCCCAAGUCUACCAUUACCAAGCUUAAACCUUCAAAAGACAUAGGCAACAAAUUACAGUCGUCGCAAAAUGCUGGGAACCAAUACCAACCCCCUAAACUCAGUGGAAAUCAGUACCGACCACCACAAGGAGACAACAACCAAUACCAACAAGAAGUUGGCAACAAGAAUCAACCACCGAAGAACAUUGGCAACCAAUACCAGCCUCCACAGAACACAGGCAACCAAAAUCAACCACCACAGGAAGUUGCCAACCAAUACCAACCACCACAAGAAGUUGGCAACCAAUACCGACCACCACAGGAAGUUGGCAACCAAUACCAACCACCACAAGAAGUUGGCAACCAAUACCAGCCACCACAAGAAGUUGGUAACCAAUACCAGCCACCACAGGAAGUUGCCAACCAAUACCAACCACCACAAGAAGUUGGCAACCAAAUACCACACCACCACACGAGUUGGCAACAAUACGACACCACCACAGGAAGUUGGCAAUCAAUACCGGCCACCACAGGAAGUUGGCAACCAAUACCAACCACCACAAGAAGUUGGCAACCAAUACCAACCACCACAGGAAGUUGCCAACCAAUACCAGCCACCACAGGAAAUAGGCAGCCAAUACCAACCACCACAGGACAUAGGCAACCAAUACCAACCACCGCAAGACGUGGGGAACCAGUACCACCUCCCUCCGGUAGUCAAUACCCACUACUCGGCUCCCAGGAACAUCGAAGUCACAAAUCGAUACCAGACUUCAAGAGCACAGAAACAAGACAGUUCCUCGGAUUAAUCACAGAAAAUGUAGAUAUUCGAGGAAUGGCUUUUAAAAGGGAUUUUAUUCGAUUGGCAUUCACUGCAACUGUUACAUCUCGUAAUCUGGUCAUAUUGACAUCAUAA